UAAAUAUAAUGUUUAGAAUACUGCUUUACUGUUGUUUUUACAUAAACGUCAAGAUCUACAUUUGUAGCAUUCGGUGUUCUAAUAAAAUUAAUAGGAAGAUAGUACUUAUUCUUUGAUUGUUACAUUAUAAUUUAAAUAGAUAAAAAAUAGUGAAAUUUAAGUACAUUUUAAGAAAGAAAUUUUUCUAUUAGUGCACUAUGCCUCUCCAUCGUUAUACUCAUGCAGUUUUAUGCAGAAUUCCUCUUUCACUUCGUACAAGAGGCGAGGUCACAUUAGAUGAAGCUAGAACUCAACAUUUGGCACUUGCUCAACUUUUGCGAGAACUCGAUAUCGAUGUUGUUGAAAUGCCACCAGAUGAAAAUUCACCGCUUUGUGUUUUUGUUGAAGAUAUUGCAGUUGUAUGCAAUGGUAUUGCACUUAUAGCUCGACCCAAUGAACCGUCGCGUCUAAAAGAGAUUGAGACAAUUAGAGCUGUUUUGAAGAAGGAAUUGGAAAUUCCUCUUAUAGAAAUAGCUGAUAAAAAUGCUCGUUUAGAUGGAGGAGAUGUUUUAUUUACUGGUCGUGAAUUUUUUGUUGGAUUAUCUCAUUAUACAAAUGAAGCAGGUGCAAGAGCAGUUGCAGCAGCAUUUCCAGAAUAUCCUUGUGUACCUAUUAAGGUGGGUGAUGGUGGCGAAGAGGUGAUAGUGGAGAGUCUUACCUCAGCCCCAAUUCAGGUUGCUGAAUCCAAACGUCUUAAAGGUUUAGUUACAAUGGCUGGUCCAGAUAUCAUUUGUGUAGGUGCUGGAAAAGAAUCUCAAGAAGUUUUAAAGAGAAUUGAAAGAGAAGCAACUUAUAGUUACCAAACAUUAACUGUGCCUGAAGAUGCUGCAGCCAAUGUACUUUAUGUGAAUGGAACACUGAUUCACAGAUCAGAAGAUGAAAUUCCACAAUCAAGUAAAGUUUUUGCAGAAAAAAUUGAAUUUCCAACUAGAUCAUUACGUAUGUCUGAAUUAGCAAAGGUUAGUUCUGGUUUGACUUCUUGUUGUUUAUUAGUACGUAGACCCAGACAUAUUCGCAGUAUUUAAAUCAAGAAUUGAAAGUAUACCUAGCAUCAAUGCUAGAAUUAUAUAUUGAUGUGAAUUAUAAAAUCAAGAGUUUAAAUAUUUCUAAUAGAAAAUGAUCAAAAUGCUGUGCAAAAAACAUUAACGUAAUGACGUAGCACGUAUACGUCGCUCUAAAACUUUAAUAACUAUUUUAAUGUGAACAGAAAAGAUUAUUUUUUAAUUAUUUUAUAAAAAAAAUUAUCUUAAUAUAAAAAAGAUUUUAUAUAAUUAAGAAGAUUAAUAUAUUUGAUUUUAAGGUAUUUACAGUAGAAAUAAUAUAUUAAAAUUUUAUUAAUUUAAUUUAUAGAUUUAUAUGAUAUAAAAUCAUUACACCUAUCUUGCCAUUUAAUGUGAGAUUUAUUUUUUUUUAAGAUUUUAUCAUGGCAACAUUAGAUAUAUAUAUAUUUUUAUAUUUUAAUGAUUUCAAAUAUAUUUUAUGAUCAAUUAGUUAUUACCUUAUAAUUUACUUGAAUAAUAUAUGAAUGUUUACUCAUAAUAAAUUUAAUAUCAAACUAUAGAAAUUCAUAUUGCACAAAAUUUUUUUUAAAAAGACAAAAAAUAUUUUAAAAAAUUAAUUUAUAAAUUAAAUAAAUAAAUCAAAAAAUUUUAAUGUAGCACAAAAAGAACAAAAUCAUAAAAUUAAAAUACAAUAAUAAUAAACUACAUCUAUAUCUUCUACUUUUGAUAUCUUGUGUUAUAUAAAUAGAAAUCAAUUGUUAGACAGCUAUUAAAAAUCAAUUAUCAGUAUUCUAAUCUUGAAUGCAUUUGCUACUAGUCUAUAAAAAGUGUUCACUUAAUUAUUCAAAUAGAACUCUUUUAUAAUUCAAUUAUAUACUGCAAAAUUAAUGAUAUAUAAAAGCACUGAUAGUUAAAAGUUAAUGCUGAUUCACAUUAUAGCAAAGUUAUAUGAUUAAGAGUCUACUGAGCAAAAAAAAAAAAAAAUAAUAAAACUUGUGUAUAAAAAUAAAUUUCAUAUAUAUACAAUAUAUAUU